CAAAACACAACUUGGGUGACUGUAUAAACCGAGCUGUGUAAACAAGUAAGAGACACCUUUAGACUCUGCUAGAUCAAAUAUUUAUAAAAGACUCAAUUAUAUAAAAUAUGCAUACUUAAAAUAAAUGUAACUUAUAAGUUGUCAUUGCACACGGAACGUAAAUUAUUUUUGUAAAUUCGCCAGCCAACGUCGACGUAACGAGCCGUAUCGCGAGAAGGCCCGAGAACAUGGAAACAAGACAACAAAAAUAAAUUUGUGCACAGCAAGCUGGAGUGCAUGAUGGCAGCGUCGCUGCUGAGCCGGGACAAGAAAGGCACAGCCGCCCACUUGAAGGCAGACUUAAAUCGGACUGACAAUAGCUCAGGGGUCCGACAACUUCAGGAGCUACUCGAUGCUGUGCUAAAUCCUGAAAGACCAGCGGCGGACACAGAGGCUCUUGACUGGUGUAAAUGUCUAAUUUCAGGAGGCGAUGGUUUCGAGGAGUUCUGCAAAACGGUCCGGACGUAUGACAACGCGACUCUGUGCGGCUUGGUUUGGACGGCUAAUUUCGUGGCAUAUCGAUGCCGGACCUGUGGCAUCUCUCCGUGCAUGUCACUGUGUGCUGAGUGUUUUAAUAACGGAGACCACACGGGCCAUGAUUUUAACAUGUUCAGGAGCCAGGCUGGUGGGGCCUGUGACUGUGGAGAUAGUAAUGUCAUGCGAGAGAGUGGGUUUUGCCGAAGGCAUCGGUUGAGAACAGGGGAAAAUAUCCCCUCAGUACCUCGAGACCUCCUCUUGAUGUCUGAGAUGGUUCUUCCUCGCUUUAUCCUGUUUGUCAUACAGUAUCUGAGGGAUGGAUACGUCGAACCAGACACCUCAGCUGAGCGAGAUCUACAGAAAGUCCUGCAGCAGCUGGAGCCUCAGAUCUCCUUCCUGGAGGAGCUGACAAAGAUGGGAGGUGCAAUGAGGACCGUACUGACAAAAAUCUUGACCAACCCACAAACAUUCAAGGAGUUGAGCAUGGGCCAAGAAGAGAAUGUGUAUGCUAAAAAGAACUAUGACAAGUAUUUGUCAGCAUUGAAAAAUUCAGGUCUGGUGUCUGUGGAGGAGAAAGCCCAAGGAGCUACUGCUGAUGUCACUGUUGGUGCUGAAGGAGGUGCAGGAGCAAUGGUCCUACUGGGAACCACUGCUCCGGGGAGCCCAGAUGAGUCUAGUAAAGAGGAGGACCAAGAUGCAGGGCAGUCUGUUGGUCAGAGGAAGAGGGUGAAGCUAAGUAGCAGUACCAAAGACCCAUGUAUUAUUGAAUCUUUAAAGCAUAAAUGCUUUCUGGAGGAGUUGCUGUUUUGGACAAUAAAAUAUGAGUUUCCUCAGAAGAUGGUUACCUUCUUACUAAACAUGUUGCCAGAUCAAGAUUACAAGAUCACUUUUACAAAAACAUUUGUUCAGCAUUAUGCAUUCAUCAUGAAAACCCUGAUGAAAAGCCAGGAGUCAGAUACCAUGUCCAAUCGCAUUGUACAUAUUAGUGUGCAGCUGUUCAGCAAUGAGGAGCUGGCUCGCCAUGUGACAGAGGAAUGUCAACUGCUGGACAUCAUGGUCACUGUCCUCCUCUACAUGAUGGAGAGUUGUCUUAUCAAAAGUGAACUUCAGGAUGAAGAGAACAGCCGCCAUGUUGUGGUGAACUGUAGCGAGGCACUGCUGAAAAACAACACUUACUGGCCGUUAGUUAGUGAUUUUAUUAACAUCCUCUCACACCAAAGUGUAGCAAAAAAGUUCCUGGAGGACCAUUCGUUAUUGAUGCUGUGGAUGAGCUUUGUGUCAUUUUUUCAAGGUAUGAACCUGAAUAAGCGAGAGUUGAAUGAACAUGUGGAAUUUGAGUCUCAGACAUACUAUGCAGCGUUUGCAGCGGAGCUUGAGGCGUGUGCACAGCCAAUGUGGGGUCUCUUAACACACUGCAAAGUCAAAGAGACACAGGAAUACACUAAAACAGUGGUGCGCUACUGUUUGGAGACCCUUCAGAUCUGGUUUGAUGCCAUUGGCUUCAUCGAUGAGCCUGCUCCAAAUCAAGUGACAUUUCACCUGCCACUACAUCGCUACUAUGCCAUGUUCCUCAGUAAGGCUGUAAAGUGCCAAGGCCUGGAUCUGGAUAGCCUCCUGCCUGACCAAGAGAUGCUGAUGAAGAUAAUGGUGCAUCCACUCCAAAUUCAGGCAUGCCUAUCAGAGAUCCACAGCAACAUGUGGGUCAGAAACGGCCUGCAGAUCAAGGGACAGGCUAUGACCUAUGUGCAGUCACACUUCUGCAACUCCAUGAUUGACCCAGACAUCUAUCUUCUCCAGGUUUGUGCAUCAAGACUAGAUCCAGACUAUUUUAUCUCAAGUGUUUUUGAGAGAUUUAAAGUGGUUGACCUCUUGACCAUGGCAUCUCAGCAUCAGAAUGCUGUGUUAGACUCUGAGCAGGAGAGGCCAAUGCUAGAAGGAGCACUGACCUUCCUUGUCAUACUGACGAGUCUUCGCAUACAUUUGGGGAUGACGGAUGAUGAGAUCCUUCGGGCUGAGAUGGUCUCGCAGUUGUGUAUGAAUGACCGUACACACAGUGCACUGUUAGAUCUGAUCCCUGAGAAUCCCAACCCAAAGAGUGGCAUUGUACCAGGUAGUUGUAGUUUUGAGGAGAUGCUCUCUGCUGUGGCCGACUUUAAAGCACCAGUGUUUGAGCCUGGAGGCUCCAUGCAGCAGGGCAUGUACACACCCAAAGCGGAGGUGUGGGAGAAGGAGUUCGACCCCAUCAUGGUUGUUCUCAGAACAGUCUAUCGACGUGAUGUCCAGUCGGCAAUGGACAGAUACUCAGCGUUUUUGAAACAGUCUGGCAUUCACACUGGCAACCCAUGGCCGCCUUACAAGGAAAGAACUCCUCUGCACCCGUGUUACAAAGGUCUAAUCAGGCUGUUGCACUGCAAGACACUACACAUAGUGAUAUUCACUCUGCUUUACAAGAUAUGGAUGGAUCAUCAGAACAUGUCCGAGCAUGUGUUGUGCAUGGUCCUGUACCUGAUCGAGCUGGGCUUGGAUAACCAAGUUCAAGACAACAAGGAGGGUGAGGAGCCUUGCAUUGAAGAGCAUUGCCAUGACAGCUGGUUUCCUGGCACCAACCUCCUCUCCAAUCUGCACCAUAUCAUUAACUUUGUGAGGGUUCGGGUUCCUGAGACAGCCCCUGAAGUUAAGAGAGAGGCCCCUCCCAGCACCAGCACUGAAGCGUCCUCAUAUGGCCAGAACCUGCGUGAGGCUCAGGUGUUCAGCCUUGUGGCAGAGCGCAGGAGGAAGUUCCAGGAAAUAAUUAACCGCAGCAACACUGAAGCCGCCCAGGUCGUCAGGCCCAAGAGCUCCUCAACGCGCUGGGUCCCACCAGGCUCAGCACCGCAGCUGGUGACCGAGAUCCUGGAGAUCCGAGAGAGCAUGCUGUCCCUCCUCAUCAAACUCCACCAGAAGUUGUCCUCCAAGCAAAACUCUCUAUUGGCAUCCUGGGUUGAGGACAUGGACACAAACCGUUACACUCAUGGAGAUGGUAUUACAGCCAUUGAGCGUAUCCUCACCAAGGCAGCCAGUCGCAGCUGCCAAAUCAAGCGUAGCAUCCAGGACAUUUGUGGAAAAGUGUGUCCUCCGGUGCCACCAAAGAACAGUCCCACUGACAAAAAAGCCAUGGAUAAAGAAGAGAGACGUCAAAGGGCUAGAGAGAGACAGCAGAAACUGCUUGCUGAAUUUGCCUCCAGGCAGAAGAGUUUCAUGGAAACAGCUAUGGAUGUUGAAUCUCCUGACAUUGAAGCAGCAAUGGAACUAGGGGUGUCUGAAGUGAUGGAGUCCGAGGUUCUUUAUGACUGUGUGAUUUGUGGCCAGAGCGGACCUUCUACCGAGGACCGACCUAUCGGCUUAGUAGUUCUCCUCCAGGCAUCCUCAGUGCUUGGGCAUCGCUGCAAAAGCAGAGGGGCAAAGAACCUACCGACGAGCGAUGAAGAGCACAUCUACCCUGCAGACACAUGCGGAGUGGCUCAUGAUAUCAGGCUCACACUCAUGCAACGGUUCUUCAAAGAUAGUUCUUGUCUGCAGUCUGUGUCAAUAGGCUGGGAUGGGGGCGUCUAUGUCCAGACCUGUGGACACACUUUACAUAUAGAUUGCCAAAAGUCAUACAUGGAGUCUCUGAGGAAUGAUCAGGUCCUCCAGGGUUUCUCUGUUGACAAAGGUGAAUUUACAUGCCCACUGUGUCGACAGUUUGCCAAUAGUGUCCUUCCUUGUCGCCCCGGGCGAGGAACAGGAGGCGGUGACUGGCACACACCAACAAACAAGAAGACAUGUGUGCUUGUAAAGGAUGUGGAAGAUCUUCAGGAGAAACUUGGUCUUUUCCCUACGGAGUCCAACCUGACCAAAGAGAUGGAGUUGGUUAUCAAAGACAUCAAGAACACCACCCAGAAAAAAUACAUGGACUACGGCAAGAACCCUGGAUCCCCUGACAACGAUUUCCUCUUCAUGUACUCUGUGGCAAGGACCAACCUGGAGUUGGAACUUGUGCACCGAGGAGGAAACUUGUGUUCUGGAGGAGCCAGUGCAGCUGCCAGACGCUCAUGUCUCAAUCAGCUGUUUCAUGUGUUGGCCAUGCACAUGCGUCUGUACAGUAUUGAUUCAGCCUACAACCCCUGGACUAAGCUGACUCAGAUUACACAAAGCAGAGAGGCAGAUACGUUUGAUGAAGAGAGACCCGAGGUACCCAUGCUGUUUCGAGAUGUCCCAUCUCUCCUGAUUAUCUUUGUACUAAUGAUGCCACAGCCUCUGAGAAAAGAGCACUUUACCUGUGUGGUGAAGAUGCUGUACAACCUGCAGUUCAGCCAGGCUCUGGCUGCACUGUCCACCAAGUUCAGCCCAGAGGAAAGGCAGGCCUGGAGCACAUCUGGCGCACUCAUGAAGGCAAAGAAUGCUGCAAAUGCUGAGAGGUCCUUUGAAGCACUGCUCAGUCAUGUCAUCGGUGAGCUCUCUAAGGACAAGAGUGUCUACAUGGUGACUGCUGAAGAAACAUCAGUGCUGAGCUCCGCUGUGUGGUCCCCACAGUCUAUCGAGUUCAGCCUCCAGCAGUUCUGCCUGCCCUUCCUUCGCCUCUCCUGCCUCCUGCAGCAUCACUUCUAUGGAGACAACCUAACUGGUUGCGUGGAGGAAGAGGAGUUCUCAUCCUUGGCUGUGUGUCUGGGGCUCUUACCCUCGGCCCCUCAGCCUUCCAGCAGCGUGCACAGUGCCUCGUGUCUGGAGUGGGCAGUCAACGCCUUCGACUUGGUGACACAGUGGUGUGCUGAGGUCACAGGGCUCUCUCAGAUGCAGGCUGAGCAAUCCUUGACCUUGCUUGUCCAGGAUCCUCAGUGGGCAGCUCCUCGCCUUCUCCAGCUGCCUGACAACUACAAUAUCAUCUUCCAGUACUAUCACAGGAAGGCGUGCACUGCCUGCAAAAAGGUGCCAAAAGACCCUGCACUCUGCCUUGUUUGUGGUGCCUUUGUCUGUCUCAAAGGUGUAUGCUGCAAACAGCAGGGUAUCUGUGAAUGUGUUUUGCACUCCCAACAUUGUGGUGCAGCUACAGGCAUCUUUCUGCUGAUAAAUGCCUCAGUCAUAAUCAUCAUCCGGGGACAUCGUUUCUGCCUGUGGGGUUCUGUUUACCUUGAUGCUCAUGGAGAGGAGGACCGCGAUUUACGCCGUGGCAAACCUCUCUUCUUAUGUGACGAGAGGUAUCGAGUGUUGGAGCAACAGUGGGUUUCACACACCUUUGAUCACAUCAAUAAGCGUUGGGGGCCUCACUAUAAUGGACUCUAAAGAUCUUCCACGUCCACUGAAAUCAGCAGCCCGUGACAGAGAGGAUUAUUAUUUUUUUCUAGGGUUGUGUGUCUGCUGCGAUCAAAAUAUUUGGGAAUUCUCAACGUGAUAAACACAAACACCCAACAAGGGUUUUUGCUGCCACAGCCUUGGUUUAUGUGAAGUUUGGUGUACAAUCACGCCUAAAGAUUAACACGUGUGUGUGUGUGUGUGUGUGUGAUUUAUCGUGUGGUUUUCAACAGGGAAAAACAGAAUUGAGUAAGAUCAAAGUUUUAAAAAAAAAGCACAACUCUGCCCAGAAAUUCAAUUGGUUUUGAACGUGCUUUUGAAGCCGCUCAUAUUUAUUUGGGUUGAAAAUUCUAUUAUCAAGUGCUAAAUGUCCCUGCAAAGUUUGAUUACUUUUUGCACCAUUUCUGAUGUUUAUACUUAUCCCCUUCAUUUAUCAAACUGUGCUCUGCUGUGCUGGCAUGAGUUUCAAGCUCCUGAUGAGUGUAGCGGUGUUAUUGCAAUGUGCACUCGUUGUCUGUUGACGUGCGGUGGUAGGCAGGACAAGUCACCCAUCAAUACACGAGUCUGUUUGCAAACGAGCAAAGGCUCCUUUUAUGGGUCUAGUUGCAAUCCAUCCUCAGGAAAUUAUUUUUGUUUUUUGCUGUUUAAAAUAAGUUUUAGAUAUUUAAAUAAAUGCUGCUGCUCAUUGUUCAAAUAAGUAAUUUUAACUUUUGUGAAUUUUUUUUUUUUUUUCUUUUCUACAGUUGUGCUUUGAGUUUACGGUAGAUGGCUGGGAAUGUUGACUCAAACUCAGUUUAAUGUUUAAGGAGGUAUGUGGUCACCUCAUUACGCUGCAUGCAUCUCAUUGCUACAGUUUCUGUAGCUGUGCCCCUCUCUGCGCCUUCUUUUUCUGGUUGGUUCUGAAGACCCCAACCGUUAGACAGCUUAAGCUGCAGCCAGACUGAUUUGCUCUCAUUGCUCCAGCGCUGACCUGAAGUCAAAGCUACAGAAUUUGGGAAGCAUAAUUAAAAAGACGAAAAAGUCAUUGCACAUAUUUAAUGUCCCUCUGCUCUGGCUAAACUCGGCGCCAUGUGAGAGCUGAAAUGCGAUAUUGAUUCUGUCCAAAAUACACUCAAGACAUGAAACUCGGUGAGAUGACAUGCCAAUAUCUUUCUGUGCUGUCAAAAAACGUUUUUCCCUUCAUGCUUUUGAUUGUUGAGUCAUAACUGCAGUACAGAACAUUUACUGUGAUGACGAUCCCUGACUCAUUUAUCAUCUAGUGGUGAUCUAUGGUUGCAUUCCAACAUAACAGGAUUAUCAGCCUUGAGUAUCUGUUAUUCGCUGUGCAUGACAUCCUUUAAGCCACCAUUAUUUAAGUGUCUUAGCUACUUAAUUUUCUCACAAUCUGAAGAGAGGAAAUUUAUCUAGUCGUGCCUACAAGAUGAAUGUUUUCCAAGUGAUAAACAACACACCGCUGAUGUCGCUGAUGUCUGGUUCUGAAAUGCUGGGCCACACUGUACUGCAUUUAGGAAUCUUUAAAAAAGUUAACACUUGAAAAACUUCCUCUUGUAUUCAUGCAUGCUGCUUUUGUGUUUACUGAGUUUCUCCUCUCUUCUUUAUUUUAACUUUUUCCACUUUGUAAAUGACCGCAACCAAAUAGCCAGUGGGUGUAAAUUGUAACUGAAAGCUCUUGUGUGUGUUCUCCUGAAUGAAUGAAGAGAGAAUACAGUACAUUACUGUAGGUGCUGACUCAAACUUUGAGUUUGACCAGAAGGUGUAACUUGGACAUUUAAUGCAACAUGUAACAUAUGUGAAUAAAAUAUAAAUA